CAUAUUAUUGGAAUUAUUCGGAAAAGUCAUGGCCAAAGACGGGCUCGGCACGUCCGUGGUCACAUAUUCAUAAUCCUUUACGUUUAUGCUUCGUUCUCUCACAACUUUCAGACUCUAGGGUUUUAGAUCUACCGACUCCAACUGUGUAUGUUGAAGUGAUUUUGUGCUGACUGAUUAUUAUGGGAGGAGGAUUUAGAGUGCUGCAUCUGGUCAGACCAUUUCUUUCAUUUCUGCCAGAAGUUCAAAAUGCUGACAGGAAAGUUCCAUUCAGAGAGAAGGUCAUAUACACCGUUAUCUCUCUGUUCAUCUUUCUGGUCUGCAGUCAACUCCCUCUAUAUGGCAUACACUCUACAACAGGAGCUGACCCUUUCUAUUGGAUGCGUGUUAUCCUUGCCUCAAACCGUGGGACAGUUAUGGAGCUUGGUAUUACCCCCAUUGUGACAUCUGGACUGGUGAUGCAACUCCUGGCUGGGUCAAAGAUCAUCGAAGUGGACAACAGUGUGCGUGAGGAUCGUGCUCUCCUAAAUGGUGCACAGAAGUUGUUGGGAAUCCUAAUUGCUGUUGGUGAGGCUGUUGCAUAUGUUUUGUCGGGGAUGUAUGGGAGUGUCGACCAGCUUGGUGUUGGAAAUGCUAUUCUCAUUAUUGUUCAACUUUGCUUUGCUGGUAUAAUUGUCAUAUGCUUAGAUGAGCUUCUCCAAAAGGGAUAUGGUCUAGGAUCUGGGAUUUCCCUAUUCAUUGCAACCAAUAUCUGUGAGAGCAUUAUCUGGAAAGCAUUUAGCCCCACAACGAUAAACAGUGGGCGUGGAGCUGAAUUUGAAGGUGCUGUUAUUGCUUUGUUCCAUCUGUUGAUAACUAGGACAGACAAGGUUCGUGCUCUUCGGGAGGCUUUUUACCGGCAGAAUCUUCCAAAUGUAACAAAUCUGCUUGCUACGGUCUUGAUCUUCUUAAUUGUCAUCUACUUCCAAGGUUUUCGUGUGGUCUUGCCUGUUAGAUCAAAAAAUGCACGUGGACAACAGGGCUCUUACCCAAUUAAGCUAUUCUAUACUUCCAACAUGCCCAUCAUUCUCCAGUCUGCCCUUGUUACGAACCUUUAUUUCAUCUCCCAGUUGCUCCACAGGAGGUAUAGUGGAAAUUUCUUGGUGAAUUUGCUGGGGAAGUGGAAGGAAUCUGAAUAUUCAGGUCAUUCCGUCCCAGUUGGUGGUCUUGCUUAUUAUGUUACUGCACCAUCAAGCUUGGCAGAUAUGGCAGCCAAUCCCUUCCACGCUCUUUUCUAUCUAGUGUUUAUGCUGUCAGCGUGUGCGCUGUUCUCAAAGACUUGGAUUGAAGUUUCUGGAUCUUCUGCCAAAGAUGUGGCCAAACAGCUUAAGGAGCAACAAAUGGUGAUGCCUGGACAUCGUGAUUCGAAUUUACCGAAGGAAUUGAACCGCUACAUACCAACUGCGGCUGCCUUCGGGGGAAUGUGCAUUGGUGCAUUGACAGUGUUGGCAGAUUUCAUGGGAGCUAUUGGCUCAGGGACUGGCAUUCUGCUUGCGGUUACAAUCAUAUAUCAGUACUUUGAGACAUUUGAAAAGGAGAAAGCCAGUGAACUAGGUAUGUUUGGAUUUUAAGAUAUUAAGCCCUAGUUUGUCUCGUUUCGGACAAUGGUAGUUGGAGGUGAUAGCAUGUUCCACGACUGUAUUUACCGAGAUGAGAAAUUUAUGUAGUCCGUCCAUCAUUAGUAUCCCAUGGAUAGAGAAUCAGAGAUCAAGGUUACAGUGUAAAGCACAGUUGAAGCAUGUAGUGAUUUGAUCAAUCGUUAGUACUUUUUUUUUUUUGUUAGAAAAUUCAAAAUGUUAGAAUUUUAUAGAACACGGGCAAAUGCACAAGAGUUGCAGCUAAAAAAUUGUUUUGACUUCAAUUCUAAUGUACUUAUGAUUUGGUUACUGCUGCUAA